AUGGGCAAGAAGAAGCAGGGUGGACCACCAACUACUUCCGAUGCUAUUCAAAAGUUGCGAGAAACUGAGGAAAUGCUCGAGAAAAAAUCCUCAUACAUCGAAGGGAAAAUCGAUAGCGAAAUCACUAUCAUCAAAAAGCAUGUUCGAACGAACAAACGAGCGGCCUUAAAUGCACUUAAACGUAAGAAAAGAUUGGAAAAGCAAUUAGGCCAGAUAGAUGGCACAUUAUCAACGAUUGAAUAUCAACGUGAGGCUUUAGAAAAUGCCAAUACGAACACUGAAGUCCUAAAGACGAUGGGUUUCGCCGCUAAGGCCCUAAAAUCGGCUCAUCAACAACUGAAUGCCGACGAUGUACAUGACCUAAUGGAUGAUAUUGCUGAGCAACAAGAGGUUGCUAAUGAAAUUUCAAACGCCAUUUCCACUGGCAUAGGCUUUGGUCAAGAUCUAGACGAGGAUGAAUUAAAUGCCGAACUUGAGGAAUUAGAACAAGAAGAAUUAGACUCAGAAUUGCUUGACGUUGAGAAGCCUGAAGUUCAAUUACCGACUGUACCAUCCGAUGAACUACCAACAGUGAAACAAAAGGCCAAGCCUAAACCAGAAGCAGAUGAAGAAUUAGCUGAAUUGGAGGCCUGGGCCUCGUAAAAUUGAGCAUGUACUUUAUUUAAAUCGAUUAACAUCAACCAUCAUAUAUUUACUGUAUUCGAUCAAGAUAUUCAUUGUUACAAAUCUAUCUCCUUAAACCGAUUUUAUGACCUUACUGUGUUACUGUAAUGUAAAGAUAAGCUAAUUUUAGAAGCCUUUCCAAUAAUCGUAGCUACAUUCAAUUUUAUACUGUAUACCUCGUCUAGUUUAUGCUUUCGCCGUAGCACGCAGUAGUAUUUCGUUAUAAUAAUAAGACAAUUUUAAAUUGAGUACUGGAAUCAGUACUGUCAAAUACUUAUCAGCUCCAACUGCGGCCUUUAAAAAUGAUCAUUGCCUAUUCUCUGUGAUAUAGUUUAUCGCUUUAACCGAUUGCUACAGUGUGUUGUAAUCAUUUCAAACAAAUCUCGGAAAUAUUCUAGUCGUAUCACGACAUUAAGAUACUUUCUAUGGUAUUUAAGAGCUAAGGUUGGGUUUUUGUAGAAUUUAAUUAUGCCUUGAUUAGUUUACUGUUGUAAUGUACUUAUUUCGGUUAUUUUUCCGCCGAACUAACAUAGCUGUCAUCGCAGACUUUACAAUUCACCGUAAAUCUGUAACAACAAACGGUAUACUUAUAUUUGUAUUCUUGCAAUACCG